UUGCUUCGAAUUUUGUUUUCCCAUUUUCUCCCUCUCUAAUGUGAAACAUUUCAGCCACAGAUUUCUUGCCCUCUUCAUUUCUCCAUCGACCGUCCAAGAAAAAAAUUCCCACCUAUACAUUUGUUUUCUUUUUGCACUCAGCAAAAUCAAGAAUUUUACACAUAAAGAAAGAAGCCCUUUUGAAAUCAGGGCAGAAUUUUUUCUAAAAUAAAAUUUGCUUGUGAAAUCAAAAGGAAGGAAUUUUUGGAUUUUGAAUGGCGUGGGAUCUAGAAAAGUGGAGGGCUUUUAAGCCAUUGUUUACAAUUAUAUGGAGCUUUUCGUUGGCCUCAAUUUUUGUUUCUGCUGAAAGAAGCUUAAAGACAGAAUCUUCAUCAAAUGAUUCGACUUCAGAUUUCCAGCUAUUUUCAGCUUUUACGAAUUUCUUAUGGCAAGCAAAUGAAUCAGGCUACAAGCAUGUUUGGCCGGAUCUGGAGCUCGGAUGGAAAAUUAUCGUUGGUAGCAUAAUUGGAUUUUGUGGAGCAGCCUUUGGAAGUGUAGGUGGUGUUGGUGGCGGUGGCAUAUUCGUUCCUAUGCUCACCUUGAUUAUUGGAUUCGAUCCAAAAUCUGCGACUGCGAUAUCGAAAUGUAUGAUCAUGGGAGCUGCAGUCUCGACGGUUUACUACAACCUGAAGCUCAGGCAUCCAACACUUGACAUGCCCAUUAUUGACUACGACCUGGCUGUUCUCAUCCAACCAAUGCUUAUGCUUGGAAUUAGUAUUGGAGUUGCUUUCAAUGUGAUAUUUGCUGAUUGGAUGGUUACCGUUCUUUUAAUCAUUCUCUUCAUAGGAACAUCAACCAAGGCCUUUAUGAGAGGUGUUGAAACAUGGAAGAAAGAAACUAUCAUAAAAAAGGAGGCUGCAAAGAGGCUAGACGUAAAUGAAGAUACAGAAUACAAGCUUCUUCCUGGCGGCCCCAGGAAUGGCAUGGAAAAGGAAGUCAAAGAGUUGGCAGAACCAGAGGUCUCUAUUCUUGAGAAUGUUUGUUGGAAGGAAUUUGGGCUUCUUGUUUUUGUUUGGAUUGCAUUUCUUGUGCUGCAGAUCACCAAGAACUAUACGGCUACUUGUACGACAGUAUAUUGGGUGGUGAACUUGCUGCAGAUCCCUGUCUCUCUCGGUGUAUCUGGUUAUGAAGCAAUUAGCCUGUACAAGGGAUGGAGAAAAAUUGCGUCCAAGGGUGACUCAGGAACCAACUUGCAAGUGCAACAACUGAUUACAUAUUGCUUCUUUGGCGUAUUGGCUGGUUUGGUAGGUGGCCUUCUUGGUCUAGGAGGUGGAUUUAUAAUGGGUCCACUGUUUUUGGAGCUGGGAGUCCCUCCUCAGGUUUCAAGUGCCACGGCCACCUUUGCCAUGAUGUUCUCAUCAUCAAUGUCUGUUGUCGAAUAUCACCUCUUGAAACGGUUUCCAGUUCCUUAUGCACUUUACUUUGUUGCUGUUGCAACUGUUGCUGCUUUUAUCGGGCAACAUUUCGUGAGAAGGAUGAUUAUUCUAAUGGGAAGGGCAUCCAUAAUCAUCUUUAUUUUGGCAUCCACAAUCUUUAUCAGUGCAAUAUCUCUAGGUGGAGUCGGUAUUUCAAACAUGAUUGGAAAGAUUGAACGACGUGAAUACAUGGGCUUCGAGAACCUCUGCAGGUAUGAUGUUUAGUACAUUUCUAUUGCAUGAUCUUGCUAACAAGUAACGCCGGGUUGCAAGAAUCAGCUUCAAGGUGGUUCUGAUUUUUGACGCCUGGGAGAAAAGUGUUGAGACUGCCUCUUUUUGUUUCCAUUUCAUAGUCAAAGCUAGACAGACCUUUUUUUUUUUAAUGCCGAAAACAGACCUUCAAGGAAUUAGGUGAAUAAUCAAUUUUUUUUCUUUUUCUGUAACUUUAUGAUCAUUCUUGAUAGCACCUUUCUCUAGGACAAGUGAAGAACUUGAAUAAAGUGUUCGAAAAAUGUAUGUUAAUCGAUAGUUGAAUGCGUUCUUUCGUUGUAAUUUGAGAAACAGUCGCGCAUGGAAUAUUAAUUGAAAUUGUUUGUUCUAUA